GUAAAUUUAGUCGUAUCUACUUGAUCAUGAUUAGGGGCUGUUGUGUCUACCUCUACUCGAAGUAGUUGUCUCUCCUAUUUUUAUGCAGUAGCACAUGUCCUUUCUACUCUUUUUGAGACCUGGUUCUUUUAGGUUUCUCGAUGCUUUCACGUUGGCCUUUUUUAGUGUAGGAAUGUACUACUGGUCUGCAAGCCCGUUGUGCUGA